ACUGACAGGUAGAGAGCGUCGCUGCCUGUCUCUCCAUGCAGCGCACACUUCUAACCACUCACCGCACUACCCUGAUUUAUUCCCUCGAUAUGAGCCUUCAACCACCGACUGUCCAGAGGGGGUUCGGUACUGACGGUGGACGGCGUGGCUGCGAAAAAACGGGAAACUAGUUAGGGCUGGGAAAUCAUACCCCCAUCGCCCGGCUUCCGGGGAUUCAGGGCUUGCAACGGCAGACGUCGGUGUUCGGGGAAGAAGGACAAACACCCGUCAUCAUUUAGACUAUUCACCUCUUGAACAGCCGCUUCCCGACUGGAGCAUUUUUUCGAGAUGUCCAGGAAGCUCCAAAGGACGGAGGUCUGCGCCGACUGCAGCGCUCCAGACCCGGGCUGGACCAGCAUCAACCGAGGGGUUCUGAUCUGUGAUGAGUGCUGCUCGGUCCACCGCAGUCUGGGCCGACACAUCUCCAUCGUGAAACACCUGCGGCACAGCGGCUGGCCCCCUGCACUGCUCCAGAUGGUGCAGACCCUGGCCAGUAAUGGGGCUAACUCCAUAUGGGAGCACAGUCUGCUGGACCCUGCUCAGGUGCAGAGCGGCCGUAGGAAACCCAACCCCCAGGACAAAGUCCAUCCCACCAAGUCUGAGUUCAUCAGAUCCAAGUACCAGAUGCUGUCCUUCGUCCACAAGCUUCCCUGCCGCGACGACGACGGCGUCACAACCAAGGACCUCAGCAAGCAACUCCACUCCAGCGUGCGGACAGGGAGCUUGGAGACGUGUCUGAGGCUGCUCUCCCUCGGAGCCCAGGCCAACUUCUUCCACCCGGAGAAAGGCACCACACCCCUCCACGUGGCAGCAAAGGCGGGCCAGAUCCUGCAGGCAGAGCUGCUGGUGGUGUACGGGGCGGACCCCGGCGCGCCCGACCUCCACGGGCGCACGCCCAUGGACUUCGCCAGGCAAGCAGGCCAGAUCGAGCUGGCAGAGCGGCUGGUGGAGUGCCAAUACGAGCUGACUGACAGGCUGGCCUUCUACCUGUGUGGCCGACGCCCAGAUCACAAGAAUGGCCACUAUAUCAUUCCACAGAUGGCAGACAGGGCUCGUCCUAAGUGCCCAACACAGAGCCUGGACCUCUCUGAACUGGCCAAGGCUGCCAAGAAGAAGCUGCAGGCGCUGAACAACAGGCUGUUUGAGGAGCUGGCCAUGGAUGUCUAUGAUGAGGUGGAUCGCAGAGAGAACGAUGCCGUGUGGCUGACGACUCAGAACCACAGCACCCUGGUCACAGAACGCAGCGCGGUGCCUUUCCUACCGGUCAACCCCGAGUACUCCGCCACACGGAACCAGGGUCGUCAGAAGUUGGCCCGAUUCAACGCGCGAGAGUUUGCCACGCUCAUCAUCGACAUCCUGAGCGACGCCAAGAGGAGACAGCAGGGGAAGGGUCUCAGCAGCCCCACUGACCCACUGGACCUGGGCAUCGACGACGACGACGACGACCAGCACGACUACGACAGCGUGGCCUCCGACGAAGACACGGACAGCGAGCUGACCGCCCAGAACAACAACAACACCCAGCGCAACAACCGAGCCAAGAGCAUGGACUCGUCAGACCUGUCGGACGGCCCCAUCACCCUGCAGGAGUACCUGGAGGUGAAGAAGGCCCUGGCCUCCUCAGAAGCCAAGGUCCAGCAGCUGAUGAAGGUCAACAACAACCUGAGUGAAGAGCUCCGGAGACUCCAAAAGGAGAUCACACGGAUGCAGACGGAGAACAGUUCGCUGCGGGUGGGCCAGCAGGCUGGGGGGCCCGCCGGCCACGGGGGUCCGGGUGGUGGCGGAGGAGGCCACUGGUCUGGGGGUGGGACCAAGGCAGGGUUAGGAGGAGGAGGAGGAGGUGGUGGAGGUGGUGGAGGGAUGGGCGGUGUAGGGUCCGGCGGGGACCCCGCAGGGCUUUACUCCCAACCCCACCCCCACCGGAGGGACCGCCAGGCCUUCUCCAUGUACGAGCCCGGGGCCGCCCCUGGCCCCAAGGCACACGGCCCCCCAGCCCUGGACGCUCAUCUAGCCCGCCUGCAGCCCCUCAACACAGCUAGCACAAGGAAGGUCCCUGGUGGUCCUUCACCCUAUGGGGGUCAUCACCUGUCUGCCUCCUCAGAGAUAGGCAGCAGAUACACGGGCUCCAGGUUGGAGAGGCACGGCAGCGGUACGGACAGCGACUACGACAACACGCAGGUCUACGACGUGUCCCUGAGCAUGGGUCGCAGCAGCGAGGAGGACGGGCGUGGGGACUCUGAAGAGGGUGGGGCGGGCGACGUGGCCGAGCCCGACCCCACCCUGCCGUGCACGGAGGAUGUCAUCCUGAAGACGGAGCAGGUGACCAAGAACAUCCAGGAGCUGCUGAGGGCCGCGCAGGAGGGGAAACACGACAGCUUUGUCCCGUGCUCAGAGAAGAUCCACUCCGCCGUCACUGAGAUGGCCUCGCUCUUCCCAAAACGUCCGGCCCUGGAGGCGGUCCACUGCUCCCUGCGGCUUCUGGCCUCCAGCGCCUCCCGGCUGCAGGUGGAGUGCCGCAAGGCGGCCCCCGUGGACCCAGGGGCCCCGGCCGUGGACUACCAGCUCCUCACGCAGCAGGUCAUCCAGUGCGCUUAUGACAUUGCCAAGGCUGCCAAGCAGCUGGUCACCAUCACCACCCGGGAGAAGAAGCAGUGACACGCGCAUGGGGAGAGAGUGAGAGUGAGAGUGAGAGAGAGAGAGAGAGACAGAGUGAGGGAGAGUGAGUGAGAGUGAGUGAGAGAGAGAGAGAGAGAGAGAGAGACAGUGAGAGAGAGAGGAGGUAGGGGGUGUAGGUUGAUGGACAGAUAGACAGCUGGAGUGGGUGUGAGGGAGGACAGGUGCAUGAUUACAAGGUGCGGGUCCAGAGGCAGACUGGAGGAGACGCGAUGGAGGACCGA